AUGGCAGACCUUGUGGUUGGCUUGGCCAAGACAGUGGUGGAGGGGGCCCUGACCAAGGCUCAGUCAGCGAUUGAGGAGGAGGCAAAAUUGCAGCAAAGUGUGCAGCACAACCUUGUAUUCAUUGCUGGUGAGUUUGAGAUGAUGCACUCCUUCCUCAACGUUGCCAAUGAGGAGCGUGUGAAGAACAACGUUGUGAGGACCUGGGUGAGGCAGGUUCGUGAUCUGGCAUAUGAUGUGGAGGACUGCAUAGAGUUUGUCAUCCACCUGGACAACAAGCCAAGGUGGUGGCGCCGCAUGCUUCCACUUUGCCUGGCAGCAUCAGCAUUGCCCUUAGACGAGGCGGUAACUGAGAUAGAGCGGCUCAAGGUUAGGGUUGAGGAUGUGAGUCGAAGGAACUCACGCUACAGCCUCAUCAGCGACUCUGGAUCCAAGCCCAUCAUGCAGCAACAGACGGCACCCAACGCAGCUUUUGGCCCAAUGGCACUUGACAUGCUGGUUGAGGCGAGGGACACCGCAAAAAAACAGCAAGGCUUAGGGGACCUCACCCAGCUACUCACAAAGGAACAAGCUGACCUUGGGGUAAUCUCAGUUUGGGGAACAGGUAGUGAACUUGGUACAACAUCAAUCAUCAGAAAGGCCUACCAGGACCCAGAACUCUGUCGAAAAUUUGAAUGCCGCGGCUGGGUGAAGCUUACACAUCCUUUCAAUCCCCACGAGUUCCUCCGUAGUAUGGUGACUCAGUUCUACACAAACAGUUGCCUGCAAAAAGGAAUCGUUAUAAAUGUGAAUGAACUGAAGAGGAUUGAGGUAAUGGCGACAAUGGAAGGUGGACUCAUUGAGGCAUUUAUGGACAAAGUAAAUGAGAACAGAUACCUAGUUGUCCUGGAAAAUGUGUCCACAAUCGGAGAUUGGGACACCAUCAGGACGUACCUGCCAGACAGGAUGAAUGGCAGUUGGGUCAUUGUAUCCACACAGCAGUGUGAAAUUGCAAGCUUGUGCAUUGGGCGUUCAUACCAAGUAUCGGAGCUGAAGCAGUACUCUGCACAGCACUCUAUAUGUGUCUUUUUGAAGGAGAGUUUGCAAGGUGAUGGUGAUAAAAGCAUGGAAUCUGAUAGAGUGGUAGACAACAGCAAUGAAAUAUCAAUGGAGGAUGAAGCAACCCAUGGUACUGGCUUUCUGCCCUACUACAGAAUUCCAACAUCUAAAUGGAAGGCUGCCUGUGAUUGGGUGGAGAAUUUUCACCUUGUUGAACGCAAGUCAGAAAUGAACCAACUUGGUAACUAUAUUGCUAAGGCACGUCUCAAUGGUUUGCAAGUGCUGUCUGUGUGGGGGAUAGCUGGUGUUGGGAAAUCAGCCCUGGUAUGGUUGGGUCGAUGUAACCCACCCAUUCAAUUUAAGGGACUUCUCCCGGAGUUUGCUUUUGGAUUUUCAUUCACAACCUGUUCAAGCGAUGGGAAUUAA